GCAAAAGAAAAGGUCAUGAACAGCCACUCCCUGCUCGCUCUCCACCGCAUCCUCCCCAAUCCCGUUGCUGCAGCAGAGAACGGCGCGGAUGGCUGAAGUGCCUCAAAGUCAUCCUUAUGUACCAACGGACCUGAUUCUACCUGGUUUCGUUCCGUGCUUCCUUUCUCAGUCUUCCAUUAUUGCAAUUUAUGGCGUCGCUUCCCUGGCCGUCGUCUCCUCCAUCUGGAUCUUCUCAGGACGGCUGCCCAAGAUAACAAAAACUGAUAGACUGUUAAUGUGCUGGUGGGCCUUCACAGGCCUUACACACUUGAUUGUUGAGGGUUAUUUUGUUUUCUCACCACAAUUUUACCAGGAUAAGACUGGUUGCUACCUGGCUGACGUUUGGAAGGAAUAUAGCAAAGGGGAUUCAAGGUAUGCUGCGAGGGAUGCAGGCGUUGUUGCUGUUGAAGGCAUAACAGCAGUCUUAGAGGGUCCGGCUAGCCUUCUUGCGGUAUAUGCAAUAGCUUGUGGAAAGUCAUACAGCUACAUGCUUCAGUUUGCCAUCUCUCUGGGACAGCUGUACGGGGCUGUUGUUUAUUUUAUUACAGCAAUAUUGGAAGGUGAUAACUUCUCCGCAAGCCAGUUUUACUACUUUGCAUAUUAUAUUGGAGCAAAUGCUUCUUGGCUUGUAAUACCCUCUCUUAUUGCCGUUCGCUCUUGGAGGAAGACUAGUGCUGCAUUUCAGGUCCUAGGACAGGCAAAAAAAGCAAAAGUUCGCUGAUGCAGAGUGCAGAUUAUGUGCUCUAAUGAUCGUGUAAUGUUUGAUUAUGUGUAGUGGGAAGCUUGAGACAGGAAAGAAUGUUUUCAAGAUAGAGCUUUAGAUAUUAAAAACUUUUCCGGACAUCGGUAAGAACUGCAAUGGUUCAUUCUUAAGUUGCUUAUCUUGAGAAAGAAAUGUUUACGGCUGUUUUGCA